ACAGGAACCGUAGUGUGUGUUGUGUGCACACACGUAGCGCGGGAAUUAACGAUCUGCUCAAGGCAGUGCCCGGUUGGCGCGCUGGAGCGAUAGAGUGUGGGUGUAUCAGCUCGAAUAUCUCCUAAACCUCGUCGAGGGAUUGCCGGUUCAGUCUUUGGUUUAAAAGCACUUUCAUCUAUGACUGUCCGAAUGCCGUCUGCAACUUUUUGUAGCUAAGUGAACCAUUGGCCUUUGCGCUAAAGUAUUUGAGUAUGUCGAUUCACCUCUACCUCACCUCAGUGCGCUGCGUUGGAAACUUUUUCUUUUAUUCAAUCAGAUUAACCUACUCCCGAACCCCGGAAGCCACGAGAGCAGCGUUAAGUAUAUUGUCAUCAUUUACGGAGACAUACGAUGUUUCACCUCCUAGUAACACCUCUGAUUUCGAGCCUGGUCCAAAUGCAACGGAGUACCAACAGUCUUAUAACAGCCAAAAGUUGGUCGCUAAUGCACAAUCAAACGACGGCUUAAGUGAUUUGCUCCCAUACUUUGGCAGUGAACCGCCCAUCGUUUCGGACCUCACAACAUGCUGCACAUCAUCUGAAAGAUCGUUCUUGGAGUUGACAGGCUCAGGUGAAUGGUACCGUUCGAUCAGCAUGGACUGCGACCAGUUGAGUAUGGAUGAGGAUUCAGUCUGUCAAGGAAACCCGUGUACUUCAGUUUUGUGUAGUUUACCAGAUCGGAAUGAUUCGGACACAGGUACUGGCUGCUGGUCGGUCCAGGAUAUGAUUGGGACAGAACGCAUGCGACAUCUACUCGAGAGUGAUCAUUCUGGAGUCCAUGUGGAGAUAGUCCCUUCGCCAGUGACUGACGUGGACCAAACACAGGGUGGCACAAUUAUAGUUGGGAUGGGUUUGGAUCAGUCUGUCUCAUCUGGAACCAACCCCACUUUUUCGUCAAGCUUGAAAGGAAAUCGCGUUCGCUGUUCUAACAGCGUAUCAGCUGCUGAUAGCGUGUUAGCAGCAGCCUCCGCGGCUCUGGCCAACUUCCACCACCGAGGUUCCUUGCAACUGUGGCAAUUUUUGGUCGCCCUGUUGGAUGACUCAAAGAGCAGUCACCUAAUAAGUUGGACGGGGAGAACGCUGGAAUUCAAGCUAAAUGAACCAGAGGAGGUCGCUCGCCUUUGGGGAAUUCAGAAAAACAGACCCGCGAUGAACUACGACAAACUUAGUCGAUCGCUUCGCUACUACUACGAAAAGGGAAUUAUGCAGAAGGUUUCCGGUGAACGGUAUGUCUACCGAUUUGUUUACGAACCGGAAUUAUUGUUCGCAUUGGCUUUCUCCGGAGAAGAUCCCCAGCAGAGCAGUAGCAAUAUGGCUGUUGAUGGAAUUAAACAUUGUUCAUCGUUUUCAAUAUGCAACGGUCCCUUAAAGCCACAUAGUUGGCUUAUUCAAGGCGCCCAAAAUAAUAAGCGAGCGGAGGUCAACAACGCCGAUGACACGGAAAUAUCCUCCUGCAUAUCUGCUGACCUGUCUAAGACGGCUAUUUCAGAGACAACAACGAUGUAUCUUUUUGCAGAAGACACAUUAGAUCACCGAGCUACCUCUGACCCUACGAAGCAAUAUCUUAGUGCAGAACCUAAAAUCAAGCAAGCUGAUAACUCCUCCCUGUUACCCCAAACGAACAUCCUACCGACUUUCGCGAUUUGCCCAACCGACUGCUGGACAUCCUAUCCGUGCCUCCGCCGCGAAACACCUUGUGUUUGGGCUGAACCAUUAGUCCACUCACCGGUUGAAACACAGUCCCACUGCUUGCAUAAGCAGCAGCCAGCUGCUUCGAAUGAUCGGCAAAGCAAGGUGUCAAUCGUGGCAUCAGUUUACGGGCAACCACACGAGUCCGUGAACACUAGAAAGGCAAACACGUGGGUCGAUUCUAUUACCGCUAGUCGAUCAGCCUUGUGCUAUCCAUCAUCGCUAUUCACUUCAUCUGACCGAACGUCAAAAGUGUACGGAUUCAUGGACUCCUUCAUUCAAUCAAAGAAACUGAACAAAGCGAACGAAGUACAGUCCUGGUCAGCUUGUGCUUCAACGAGAAAAUAUCUGAGCACUCCAACUCCAACUGCUAGCGACAAAGGACAAGACGAAUUUUCCCCUGAAUGUGGCCUCCACAAGCAAUGA